AUGCCCGUGGCCCUCAGCCAGGCGACCGGCGAUGGCACCACCGCUGGGACUGCUCCUCGCCCUCCGAAUCUGCUUUUGCAGGGCAGCCCGAGGCGGAAAGAAGAGGUGGAGACGGUGGAGGAGGAGAACGUGGUCCUGGCAGACCUGACCCUGGUGGCCGAGGGGGACAUUGGCAGCCCCAACAGCAGGUUGAUCCCCUCCAAGAGGGUCAGUCCCACCGAGGCAAAAACCACCUGUGAGAAAUUCAGGCCAGAUGUUUCCAAUGACUGCACACGUAACCCUUGUGGAAAUGGGGGCACAUGUUUCAGGGAAUGCGACCGGUGUCCUCAACGCUGCGUCUGUCCUGCAGAAUUCACGGGGAAACAGUGUGAAGUUGCAAAAUGCUUUGAUGAAACUCUGUACGAAUACUUUGAAACUGGAGAACGUUGGGCCAGAAUCUACGAAGGGACAGUACACGCGUGCACGUGUGUUAACAGCACGACCAACUGCCAGCCGGAAAUGUUUACAGUUCCAAGCCAAAACUGUUAUUCGAAGAACGGGGCCAGGUAUCUGGGCCUGGCUAAGACGACCGUGUCUGGAGAUGAUUGUCUCCCGUGGACUUCCAACCUCUUCUACUAUGAGGACCUUCAAACAAACACGGUGCUGCUGGGACUGGGAUCCCAUUCCUACUGCCGAAAUCCAGAUGAGGACGAGAAGCCGUGGUGCUAUUUCAUUAAGGACGGCAGACUGUCUUGGGACUACUGCGACGUGUCGCUAUGCCCUUUCGACGCGUGCACUGGCAUCCUUACUUUCACGUUCGGCUCUCAGAAACUUCGGGUCGGUGAUAAAACCGCCGAUGUAGUGUGCCCGCUGACAUCAACCAUCCGCGUGGUUUUGGGACAACAUUCUUUUAACAGUACCACCGGCUUUACUCAAGAAUUUAAAGUAGAGAAGUACAUCGUGCAUCCUGACUUCUCCGUGUUCAACCCAACCGAAAAUGAUAUCGCUUUAAUUAAACUCAAGAAAGCCAAGGAACGCUGCGCGGUGAGAUCCCAAUUUGUUCAACACAUAUGCCUGCCAGAAGCUUCCAUGUCCUUUCCAGACCAUUACAAAUGCUACGUUGUCGGAUGGGGAUACUUGCGUGAAAAUUCCUCCAGAUACGCCAAUGUGGUGCAAGAAGCAUUGGUUCCGAUUAUCCCCGAUUACGAGUGUCAAAACCCGGACAUUUAUGGAUCUGAAAUCAGUGAAAAUAUGUUCUGUGCUGGAUACCUGGACGGCAGGUCAGAUGCUUGCCAGGGAGACUCGGGGGGUCCCCUGGCCUGCAAAAGGGACGGAGCGUUCUACCUCUACGGGAUCGUCAGCUGGGGAGACGGCUGUGGCAAGGCCAGGAAGCCCGGAGUUUACACCAAGGUGACCAACUACGUCAGCUGGAUCAACCAGGAGAUACACCGGACGCCCAAAGGAUAA